AACUUUCGAACAACUUACUCACCCUGUGGAAGCUGCAGGUUUGCACUCUGUGACAAAAAGUUAUGCGUCUUCUGGACUGGAAUUAGAUAUCGAUCCCGGCCUUAAAAAGAAAGCAUGCCGUCCCCUGGAGACUGGAGAGACGAGUUUCUAUCAGAUGAGGAUCUACAGGCAGCGCGGCCGAAGAGGCGCACGGCGCAGGUGUCCUGCCUGCCCUUCAGCGUGGAAGCGCUCAUGUCCGACAGAAGGCCGCUGAGAAAAGAUGGACUUCACUCUUUAGACGAUAAUCAGACGCACAGGCCGGUUGAGUUUUCCAAUCAAUUAUCAUCGAUUAAACCAGAGCCGUCGGAGCGAGGGGUCUGUGCGUCCUGGAUAUCCAGCCCCAUUAAGAUGUCAACACCACCUCGGCAGCACAGUCCAGCAGUGUGCUCUUUAAGGAAGCACAAAACCAACCGUAAGCCUCGCACUCCCUUCACCACCACGCAGCUCCUGGCCCUGGAGAGAAAAUUUCGUCAGAAGCAGUACCUGUCCAUUGCAGAGCGGGCUGAGUUCUCCUCCUCUCUGUCUCUGUCCGAGACGCAGGUCAAAAUCUGGUUCCAAAACCGACGAGCUAAAGCCAAAAGGCUUCAGGAGGCCGAGGUGGAGAAACUCAAAAUAGCAGCUGGCAUUGGGCCCAAAGCUGUAUUCAACCUGGGCUUCCCGUCCUUAAAUUUCCCCCUCAGUGUGAACCUGCAGACUGGAUCAGCAGCGCUCUACGGACUGGGCUGCUCAUACGCCCGCAGUCCCAUUCUCCCUGCUGCACAUCUGGCCAUGUACGCCUCCCAGGUCGGCCACAGCCUGUUUCACCUCUCCUGAGAGGAAGCAGUGUUACAGAGACAAAGUGAUGUGGAUGUGUGUUUAAAAAAGGGAACAAGAGUGCAUGGUGAAGUCAGGCACCUUAUAAAAGACUUGAUUAAGGACUUGAAGCUUUAUGAUCUUCACUUCAGCUAUAAGGGGAAUUUAUUAAUAACUUUUUACAAGGACAUGACAUCACUAGGAAUCUUCUUUGCCUCUAUGCUGAUUCAGCAGAGGCCACUGAUAAUGUAUGGAUAUUGAUCAGGCCACGUGUAUCUGAUCAUUGUCCUGAAUACCAGUUUUCAUUUAUCAAUUUUUAAUACUUGCUCUUCUCUCUUGGAUGAUUCCAGCAUUGGGAAUUCAUAUUUUCAAUUGUUAGCCUGACAGUAAAUAUGCAGGGAUAUUGUAUAUUUUACUCCUUUUUACAAUAAUUAGAGGCUACAGUUGGAGAAUUACAUUGCCGGAUGAAAUGCAGGCUUGCUUAGAAGCCAAAGCUCUUUACAAGUGACACAUAUUUAUUUAUAAUAGCUGUUAGAGUCAUUUAUAUCCUAAUGCAUAGUUACAUUCUUUAAACUCUAUAUUUUAUGUGUUUGGCAUUACAUUAAAGCUUUUAGUUAA